CGUUAAUUUAUGAAACCGCGAACCAUCGUUUCUUGAACGAAACCGACCUUCAUCUACUUCUGAGAUAUUUCACGCUUCUCAGACGUGUAUGGCAAAAAUUAUGAAAUGGCAAGUUCGAAUGGAUUCAAUUUACAAUCAUGUCGGUAUGGAAUAGCAUCGAUUGAAUUCUACUCGAGAUCUGAAAAAAGUAUUAUCAAGACGAUAAUAUCAAUUUUCAGACGGCGUAUAAUAUAUGCGAGACUGCGAGAUCAAUUACUCUUGGAAUCGUGUUACAAAUUGUUUAACAGCACACACAAUAUUGAAUUUCGACAGACUACUCUGUGUUUCGAUUACAUUCGAGGGUAACGGAAUACAUACCUUGUCUGCUUACUACCUAAUGUAUAUCUGCUUACCAGAGAUCCUUCAUCAGUUGAAUUCUAGAGGCGUUUGACUCGCAAUAUGCACAACGAUCUCUAGUUGCAAGUUUACUUGGGCUCCGUUCAUGACGGAAUUGCAAGCGAAAGCUGACUUUCGUCAAUUCAAACGAUCUUCUUUUUUUAAGGCACGCUUUCUUGUUCUCUUUACGCAUCGUCUGGUACGAAGACGAAUCGUCUGGUAAAAAUCAAGGUUUAACGUGGGAAGGUAAAAGCUGAAAGCGAGGUUUGCAAUCCGUCGUGAAACACCGACUAUGUGAUAGGUAAACACGUACUUUGUUAAACUUUCAAACACAACACAGUGAAUAUAAUCUCUGUAACGCAUCGAUUAAAUUAACGAGACAAACGAGUGGAACUCGUCGCGUGACUAUGACUUUCAGAAGCUGUCUCUCGGUUGUCUAGCGGAUAUAUCAUCGAUAUGAUCGAGUCUGCUAUCGACUAACUUGUAUCACCUUCGAUUCACAGUAACGGCGAAUUCCCUCGAGUCUCUGUACCGACGUCUUACUUUAUCAAAUUUUAUGGAAUGGAAAACCCGAGUAUUUUCUCUGUUCGCUGGACAAGCGGCCUCUCGUGGGGAUCAGUGAAACAAUUUGUAAUAUAUCGAAAGCAACAAACGGCAGGGAAACGUUGGAUUAAAUGAAAUUGAUAAGCGAAACGAUCGCUGUCUUUCUCUCUCUCCUUUUUCUUCGUAACUGAUAUUUCUUUUUUCUGUCUUGUCAGAGCAACAACGUAUUUGCUUGUGAUCGUAGAAUCCUUCAGGAAACCACUGCAUCUCCAGAGACAUCGCAGGAAAUCUUCAUUACCGGUAUAGAUAGGAAGAGGAGAAAAUCCGAUGAAAUAGUCGGACGACGAGGCAGAUCGAGGCAGGUGUGGAAGUUUCGAAUCCAACGGGAGAGAGACUGCGUACACGGGUCUUGCAUCAGAGCGUAAUAAAGGCGAUGAGCGUUCUUUCAUCAGGGAAAAAAGUUUUGUCCCGUUUUGCCACGGAACUUCCGCGACGCCAAGAAAAUCUAGUUUGUCCCUGAGUGAAUAUGCAUGGAAUAGGAAAGGGAGAAAAUAUAGAUAUCGUUCUUAAUGCGACGCGCGAAGAUACAUUCACCAAGGUAAGAAGCAGACGAGAAAAAGGAAAGAAACGAAAGGAAGAACCGCGUUAUCCUCUGUUUUUUUGAAAUGGGAAACGCUAUUUUUAUUCGGCUAAAUACAACGGAAACAUCCCGCUGCAAAGAAAGGUAAUUUACAAUAUGGUAAAGGGAAGGUUUUAACGUUAUAUACCAGCGAACCAAAUGAAACGAACAGUCCAUUGUAUAUUAUCGGCGCGCGAAACCCUGAAUGAUCAUUGAAUGAGCAAUUAUAUUUCGAAGAAAUGGAGCUGGUUUCGAUCAAAGGUACGAUAAUAUUUUUAUGAACGACAAAGCUAGAAAGAAGAGAAACCGAGGAUGAUGGAGGAGGAGGAAGAAGUUAACGCGUUUUACGCAUGACCCACCAUUGUUUUAAUUUAAUUUUUACUCGCGCGUCUGUAUAAUCCGUAAAGUAAACGUUUUCCUUAUCGUGUUCGUUUUACCCUGUGUAUGGCGCGUUCGUUUUAUCGGCAUUCUUCUAGUUUCAUUACGCGUAUAUACAAGCAGGCACGUACCAGCGUAAGUACAAUCAGAGUUUUUAAAGUCUGAAGUGUGGAAAUAUUGUGUUCCUAGCGUCUGUAUUAAAACGCACAAGCUUUUUCAGUCUCUCCCACCUUUUGUUUUCAAAUUGGCGCGCUCGCGCCGCUCCGACCGGAAUAUGAGCACCAGACGCGUACAUUUUGCUUAACUUUACAUGUUGUUCUCCUCCUGUAUCCUUUCGCUAGGAAGCUUUGUAACUUUGUCGCGCUAAACGAAAGAGUUCAACGUUUUCUCUUAUCCAAUUUCUUAAUUUUUUUUUCCAUGUCCAAAUUCUCCCGCCUAAACUAUAUUUAGAGCUUUAACUUUAUUUAUAAUUUGAGCGUGUAACGUGGCAAGGUCUGAUCAAAUUUCUUGUAUCAAAUGUAAAGUUACUGCAUACCGCGUUCAACCGAAACCGUGCACACGGUUAUGCACGCUUGAACGAGGAUAGGUAAGAAAAAAAAAAAUCGAGUUGACCGAUUCGUCGGUUAUUCCAUUAACUUUGGUCAGUGAGCAGUAACGAAGCGGGGCUCGGCAGGGAGUGCAAUGUAAAUUGGCGGUAAAAUAAAAAGAGAGGAAAUUGACCAGGGGGUGGUGGCGAUAGGCAGCGCGCGUAUGGAAUUUCCGGUGGUGUCCUUUGAGCCUUCAGUGGCGGAAUGAGAAGCAAAAAGUGCCGGAAACAGAUGUAUCCGUGCAGUUUUUGCUUUUUCCUCGCCUCCCUCCCCAUCUCUCUCUCUCUCUCUCUCUUCCUCUGCCUCUCUUUCUCUCGAUCGAUUCACCAUUUUUCUAUUUUUUCCUUUUCCUUUUUUCGUUUCGAAACACGGUGGCUUCCUAUGGUGAUAUCGAGGGGAUGCACUUGAUCGCUAAAACGCGUAACAUUCUUUGCAUAUAGAUGCGAUAUCUCGCUUUUUCUUUUAUGAUGCAUUCACCUUCAAACAUUCACCUAUAGAUAUACAUACAGAGUGAUAAAAGUCGAGUUUGAAAAAUUUAUGUUAAAGUAAUGCGAUAUAUCUUAUUUCUACCGUUUUUCCAUAGAAAAAUUACUGACUAUUCGUGAAUUAUCUUCGCCAUGUUUCUGAUAAAUAUCUCUUCAAAAAAUAUGCACGAUCUAUAACAACGAAAUUGUUUCGUAGAGUCGUAAAGCUUCGGUGAAAUCCCAGGCCACGAAAAACGAUUGCGUUUCCAAUUAUACAACAUAAUCAACGAUGAUGCAUUAGGCGAUCCAUCGUUCCCAGUACGAACCAGUUGUGAACGAACUCUCUGUUUGAUUUCAAUCUCUGAAGAAGUAGAACCGAGAAGAUAUUUGCCCGGUAAUCCACAGGGUAAGCGUAUCCACAAAUCUAAUAACGUAAUUGCAUGAUACGAAGAACGAGCUACUGAUACCCGUUCUUCAAGGCGAACAAAAUAAGGGAAAUAAAUAGCACGUCCACGCGAAACUUGUUUUUGCUAUAUAAAACAAAAAGGGAAUAACAAUGUUCGUUCCUAUUCAUGACCACGAAUAUAUCCCAAUAUUCGCCAUUGAUUCGUACAAAACUACACCUGUGUGCUACAUAUAUCUAUCUAUAUACAUGCGUGUUCAGCAUUCACAUAAAAUAUGUUAUCUGCUCCAGAUAAGAUACUCUUUCCACGUCGGCGAGUAUAGCAAUAAAGUCAAACGUAGUAAGCGUCGAUCCGUCAAUCGGUCGUUUUAUCGCCGUCGUGAACUUUUCCACGUAGAUAAUACCGUAGAACAGGUAGAAACUUUCCGCAUUUGGUCGUCGGUUAUCGAGCGAAAUGUUUUCACCACCUACGCUCUUCUUUUUUCUCUCAUCUGUUGUUCUUUGUCUAACAGCAGAAUCCACGGAAACUACAAUGAAGAACACAGUCGUCACGUUAUCAGACUCGGAGAUUCUUCUAACAGUAACGGCUUGCACGACUGCGCCCGUAUUAGUCGUUCUUCUUCCCAUGCUCAUUUACUACAAAUUCUGUAAAAACGACUUGCUAAAUCAAGUCGUAUAGAGAUGAGCAUUGACCGAAAGCACAGGGACAGCACGACCAUCGCAGUAUAAAAUGUUGUAAAAUGUCUAAAUGUGUAAAUACGUAAAUUGUUAUGGAAUAUGUAAAAUGAUGUAAAAUACAGAUCUCAAUUUUCAUAAAACCAGUUCGUCUAUCUUGUUGAAUUGAAUUGAACGAAUGAGCGAAUCCGAGUCAACCGCAAUUAUCAAUUUCAUAGGGAAUUUCAUAUGGGAAAUACGAUGUCCACCGGUGUCCUCGUUAUACAAAUUUUCUAUCCUCAUUACGAUGAAACGCUACUGUUCACUCGCUGUUAGUACCGUUAACGCAGAAUUAAACGUAAAAUCAUGUAUGAUACAUGCACGCCGAUUUUGAUUCGCGAAUAAAGUUUUACGAUUAGCGGAGGAUCAGCCAGUAUAGAUCGAAUAGUCUUUUAAAUUCGACGGAUAAUAGUGUUUGAACGUCGUUAUAUGUUGUCGAUAACGGUAUGGCAACGAACACAACGGUGUGUGGGCUAUGUUCGCGUUGUAAUUUUAGGGAAUGAAAUUUUGGAGAACGUCGGUUCGGAUAAUUACUAGGAUGUAUCGGCAUGUGUUUGUUAAAGCCGGUUAUUGAAUAAUAAUUUCGGCCAUGCAGUCGCGGCAUCGAAUAGUCGAGUGGGUUGGAAUAAAAAUGUGGGCCCAUCGUCACCGAUCACGCUGUUCGCGUUUAGUUACGCAGGACGCGCGACCAUUUCGUUUAAUGGAAUAUCCGUACACGAUUGAACAAAUCGAUCGGCAGAAUUUAUCAUAUUAUUACGGGACGUUGAGAAACACGAUGCUUUCCGAUUCGUUUGGCCGGCUACGACAUCAUGGGAACAAUUGAAAUUGCUGAUAAUAUGUUUCAUCGAUUCAGUCAGUUUAACCCGUACGAUGUUUUAACUUCGAUAGAUAUUCAUUUUUCAUUUUUUAUCGUACAUCGCGAAUAUUUUCUUGGUCCGGUAGCUGUUCCUUUUUUCCAGUUCACUAUUUUCGUAAAUGGAAUAUCAUAUAGCGGGAGAAUAGGGAAAUUGUUUUAAAAUUAGAUCGAAGGAUUAACGUUUGACUCUUGUCGCCAUCAUUUAUACUGUCAUGCUCCUUCUUUCCUUGAUAACUUUGUCAGUCCAACGUGUAAUUGCACACGACGAAGUAUAGAAAUUCGUCACUGUAAAUUCCGUAUAAGCGCUCGAACUUGUGUCACAGAUACGUGUCAUUCGCGUUCAGCAAUCUAAUUCGUAAUGUAUUACACUUCCAUUGGCGUUUGUAAUUACACAAACACCAAACAAGCUUGAAACAAGAAUGUUUCUAUAUUCGUUUACAAAGGAUAACGUCGAAUAUUCAUUACAUUUUGCAAUUCAGUCGAGUUGAAUACAACUAAUUUAAAGAGCAAAAAUUUCCAAGAGCAUAGGACAGUGUAGUAAAAUAAACCGUAUACAUAAAGCUGUUGCGGUGCGAAUAAUAAUAUCAAAUUUGACAUAACCAGAAACUUUCGCGAGUAUGAUCGGGUCGUUACCCGACUCGGCAAUAUUUUCUUUCAUUGCAUUGCAAAUUCGAAACGUCUCGUUAACGCGUGAAAACACCAAGUUUUAUAGAAACGUAGAAGCUUACUCAGGAAUUUCAAAGCUACUCACCGUGAAAAUUUUCUUGUCGCUAGUAUACAUUUAAAGUUACAACGCGUACUUUUAUUCAUUUCCAGUGAAUAAAUAGCAAACACCUUGCUCGAAUCAUUUUGAAUCUGAAAUCAUUCAAUAGAUAUACCCGCUGCCAAUUAACCACGCUUAUUGAUUUACCUUAAUAAAUCAGUUACUUGCUUGGUAAAUUUAUCCACAGGACCGUAUUGCACGAUAAUUUACCAACCAAUAAUAUUAACGAAUUGACAAGUGAUGAAUUAUGAAUUCGAAAUUUUUGUUCCACGGACAUUCCUUAUCAUUUUACCUUCCAUCCUGGCCUAUAAUUUGUAAAAUUUACUUAAGCAUUACUCGUUUUAUUAUUACACUUAUUAUUGUAAUUACACUUAUUAUUAUUAUAUUUUUAUAGUACUUGUAGAGUUUCAUUAACAAUUUUCGUUUUAUUUUAUUCAGUACAACUCGAAUGAUAAUAUAGAGCGAUAUCGAUCGUCUGUACGUUUUCAUUAUACGGUAAGUACGAUUUUACCUACCGUCGACAAUACAAUAUCAGAUAGAGGUAAAGCUUACUAUUGGCAGCGAUAAGAAAUCAGAACACGUCUCGAAUUCUAAAGGUGUAAAGCUUAGGAGGUGAAUGAAAAGUCACGCGAUAAGGUGAACAAAUAUUCGGGUUUACCGUGUCGCAUAGGGUAGUAGCAUAAAUGCGUGGUAUAGGUAUUCUACUACUGCAGAUUUCAAUUGGAUUACUAUACUGGGAUAAACUAAACCUCGAUAACGGAUUCGGUAUUGCAUGUAUCUCAAACCGCGGAGGUUUACGUGCAUGUGCUAAAGAGUAUUUUAGAUCUCAAAAGUAAAAGAAUCCGGCGAUGCUCUAAAGUAAUAGAGUCUUUACACCUUCAAACAUCGUAGCACUUCGAAUUUCGUGGCGUUGUGCAUCGCGUAUGCCAUGUGAAGCAACUACCUGCGUAUGGAUGCAACAGAGAGUGAAAUAAUCGAAUAUGAAAGUUAUACGUAUAGAUGAUAACAUCUGUAUCGUGCAUACACCAACCCCGUUCCCUAUAAUCUUCGUUACUAUCCAACAAUUACGUUAUAAAACACUACUUGGAACAUCGAGGAAACCACAAAACGGACCCUUUACUGGGAAAUAAUAACUCGGGCUUUCCGGAUACUCUGCGUGUGAUAUGUAAUAGUCCUACCCUGAAUGAUUAAUGAGAAUAAUUUAUUGAUCUUCGUUGGCCGCUGUUUUACGAACAUUUACAUCAGGGUGAAAGUUAUUUCGUUCGGUGUUCCAUGUUUCUAAAGAACAUUCAGUGAAAUGAGCAUGUUUAACGUGAACAUUCGUCAAGUACUGUAUAUAGUGGAACUGGCUGGAAUGUUCACGUGCACCUGGCCAAUUGAUCCGAAUAGUAGUAAGAAACAAAUCUUUUUUCGCAACAUCCGAUGGUCGUUUGCGAUAUUAAACGUUGUUUUUCUAACGAUAUCCUUGGUAUUCGCUAUCUUUCACUUCCGACACGAUAUACCUAUUUUGAUGAAAACUGUCUCCGAAGUAACAGCUCUGUUGGAGGUGCUCUUCGAUUUGAUUCUUUGUAGAAGGAAUAACGCUCACCUACAGGUUCUGACAGGAAAAGUCAAAGCAUUCCUAGAAGUGGCCAGUGAACAUGAGACUAAGGCAAUAGAAAGAUACAUGGAUCGUUACAAGCAAUUUCUCUCGGUAACUGCAAUGGGAUAUAUCACAACCGCGAUCUCAUUUAGUUUGGCGCCUUUCUUCUCGGCCCAAGAAUUACCAGCAGAUGGAUGGCUUCCAUUUUCCACCGAAUCACUCGGAAUAUAUUGCAUGGUCUACGUUAACCAAGUUUACUGCAUUUUUCAAACGGCAUUCUGCAUCGGCGUUGAUUUCACGAUCGCUGUUUUGUUCAGUUUCUCCGCAGCCAGACUAGACAUACUAAGAAUGAAACUACGGCACGUGAAUAGCUCUGACAUAUUGGUAAGCUGUAUCAAGGAACACCAAGAAAUAAUAGGAUUUGUGGAGGAUACUAAAGCUACUGUUGAGACUUUAUUAUUCAAAACGAACGCCACGAUGGGAAGCGCUGUGAUAUGCGGAGCUUUCCCUCUGAUUUACAAUCAAUCAUUGGCCGUAAUGAGUCAGUAUCUUUCUUUUGUGGUGUCUGGUUGUACCCGCCUGUACGUCAUCUCCUGGCCAGCGGACGAUUUAAAAGAAAGUAGCGUGCAGUUCGCAAAAUCGAUCACCGACGUUCAGUGGUUAGGAAAGCCAAAAGACAUGAAAAGCUCCAUGCUUAUUAUGAUGCAGAGAAGUCAAAAACCGCUACUUAUUAGAAUGAGUGGUUUACUACCGCCUCUUACCUUGGAAUAUUUCGCAAACUUUAUAACUACAGUAUCAUCCUACUUCAUGGCAAUGAGAUCAAUGAUUGAAUCGUAAUUUUCCUGAUAUACGUUAUUUGAAUAUGUAAAUUACUGAAACAUGUAAUAAAUUUAUUGCGUCCGAA